UGAUUCUGUGAAAUUUCCACCAGGCUGUCAGAGUUUCUGCUUUUGUCAGAGUUUUAAAACAAGAACGGCGUUUAAUGGAUUGGCCGAGGAAAUGUAGGUCUGAAAUCUGAAUGUCCUUAUCUGACUGAUUGGGGUGGGUCCAUUUAAGAAUGUGUUGAAGUUGAUUUACUAGUGAGCAAUGUAAAAAAAAAAAUUGUGGGGCCUCAAGUGCUCCUUGCGCAGAGGACGACCGCGGCCCCCGCAGAGGUGGAAGUCAACGAGGCGGGUUGACGCUCAAUGGAACGAGUGCAAAGACGAAAGGAAAAGUGAAAAAUAGAAAAACCCCGUUGCGCUCGCUCGAGUGCAGACAUUUGAACAAGGUUUAGAAACAAGCGUAACUGGUUCGGUGCGAUAAACACUUCUGGAGUGGACUUGGUCGAACUGUGAAAGCAUCGGAGACUCGAGCCCAAAAACAAGAGAGACGCAAAAGAAAUGGUGAAUGGGAAGAACCGCCUGCAGCAGGCCCAAGGGGACGUGGAGGAGGUCACGGUCAUCAUGGUGGACAACUUCAAAAAGGCUCAAGAGAGAGAUUUCAAACUGGGCGAACUGGAGGACAGGUCUGAUGAGCUGUACGAACAGAGUAAAGCCUUUGAAAAGACCACUGCCAAGCUGAAGCAAAAGAAAAGAUGGGAGAGCAAGAAGAUAAAAGUGGUGUCCAUCGGCGUUGGCGUGGUGGCAGCAAUCAUCAUUUUCGGAUUGAUAAUCUUUGCCAUUGUGUAUAGCACACGAGCACAGUAGCUGCUCUGAUGUUGAAAAUUAAACACAUUUUUGUGGAGUGGACAAAAAAAGAAGACGAUUGCAAACUUUGCGACUCCAGCAUCUCGCCUCAACUGCUCGACCUGUGUUAUUUCUGUUUUUAAAGAUAUUUAUGGUUUCGUUCGCACUCUUUUUUUGUCUUCAGUUAAAAUGGUACCAAUAAUUGCUCAGCUACUUGGCUGCUUUUUUCAUUACGUUAUCAGGGGUCAUGUCCCUGUAGGGCCCACAGGGGGAGAACACAUAUAUCCUUGACCUAAAAAAAGUGCUAAAUAGUUUUAACCAAACAUGGUAAGGCUGCUACUUUUAUAAUUGUAUGUUGUACAUUGUCAGAAAUACUAGAUGUUUUUUUUGAUUAGCAGUUUUUAUUUGUGGUAACGUAGGUGUGUUUUGACAAAAGGUGAUGCUCUGAGUGCCUCAUUCACACGCUCCUCCGUCUUUCUCUGUAGUGUUUACUAUUGAAGAGG